AUGGACAAGCUUCGCAAGGGAACACCACAAGCACCACCACAGAAUGCGGCGGAGGUAACGAAGAACCACCCCGCCAUGAACGAGCGGAGGCCCACUGGCACGAAUGGGGCGCACGCCCAAGUCAUCCUGCAGCCUCCAUGGGCACCACUGCGUCAGAGGUCUCCACCCCCUCGUCCCAAGCCCCAGGUGAAGCAGCACACGCUUCCAAUUGACGCAAGACCCUGUCCAGUGCCCCCUUCAGUGACCCGACCAGUGUACCUACCAGUGCCCCAACCAGUGCCCCAACCAGUGCCCCGACCAGUGCCCCGACCAGUGCCCCGACCGGUGCCCCGACCGGUGCCCCGACCAGUGCCCCAACCAGUGCCCCAACCAGUGCCCCAACCAGUGCCCCAACCAGUGCCCCAACCAGUGCCCCAACCAGUGCCCCAACCAAUGCCCCAACCAGUGCCCGAACCAGUGCCCCGACCAGUGCCCCGACCAGUGCCCCGACCAGUGCCCCGACCAGUGCCCCAACCAGUGCCCCAACCAGUGCCCCAACCAGUGCCCCAACCAGUGCCCCGACCAGUGCCCCGACCAGUUCCCCGACCAGUUCCCCGACCAGUGCCCCGACCAGUGCCCCGACCAGUGCCCCCAGUCGACAAGUUCAGCUAGUCGGCCAAGCGGCCGCCGAUGUAAAGGUUUAAUGAAUUUCCCGGCCGUAUGAAGCAGGUUCCUGGUACACGCCUGGAUAUCCAGUCCAUGUGGUCCAGCCUCGGAGGCUCU